CACUAAUGCGCUAUUGGCCGCAUAGUUGACAUGUCUGAUGUCACUAGAAAAAUAAAAACAUUAAUUUACCGCGAAAUAGUGCAAUUUAAAGAGGCCCUCUAAUUAAUCGACUUUAUUAUCUGUACCAAUAAAUCAAUUAUCAUUUUGACAUGACAUUUGUGACCUGCAUACGUUUUAAAUAAUAAUUAACGUUCACAAUCCCCUGACUUGCCCCGGACUAACCGGAGCGGACUAGCGGAAAAAUCAAAAAAUAUUAAAUUUUUAUUGCGUCUUGUUGUGUGCGACGAUAAAAAUAUGUGUGUGAAUAAAAUUGUAUGCGUAUAGUCUGUUUUAUAAAUUGGCGCCAAAUGGACUAAGAACGUGUUUUUUUUUAUUGUGUCAGUUUUAAAUUUGGAAUGGAACGAUGAAAUGGUUGGCAUUAUUUUCUUUGAUUGUGGCCAAUUUGAUAAAGGAGCCUAGUCCAGUGAUUCGUGUUGAUAGUGGUUUGCUUCGCGGCAGAAUUAGUGAUAACGGACAGUUUUAUCAGUACUUUGGUAUUCCGUACGGGACUGUUAAUGAGAAGAAUCGAUUUCAAGCGCCGCUGCCCGCACCAAAAUGGGACGGAAUCUUCGAAGCCAUCAACGAGAAUUGCAGAUGUUCACAGAAAAUGAUCGGCCCCUUAGUCGCUGGCCAAACCGACUGCUUGAAGCUCAACAUCUACACCCCCAUCACUGCAAAGAAUAACAAACUUCCCGUGAUGGUCUAUAUCCAUGGAGGCAGCUUCUUCGAAGGCACUGGCACCGCCUUCCUCUAUGGCCCUGAUUUCUUCGUUGAAAGAGACGUCAUAUUUGUUGGCAUCAACUACAGACUUAACGUUGAAGGAUUUCUUUGUUUAGGCAUCAAGGAAGCGCCAGGAAAUGCUGGUUUAAAAGACCAAAGCGCGGCAUUAAGUUGGAUUAAGAAAAACAUCGCUGCGUUUGGCGGAGACCCUGAUAAUGUCACUCUUUUCGGUGAAAGCGCUGGGGCUGUGUCUGUCUCCUAUCAUAUUAUUUCCCCACUAUCAAAGGGUCUCUUCCAAAGAGCUAUUAUUCAAAGUGGUUCGACCUUAGCUCCUUGGAGUCUCCAGCACGAUCCUAUCAAGACUGCGAGUAGUUUAGCUAAGGAAUUCGGAUAUAAUGGAAGUGACCCUUUUGAAAUUUAUAAAGUAUUAUCAAGGAGAUCAGUUGAGGAUUUAAUUGGAAAACUGAAAAACGAAAGACCGAAGACUUUAAUCACAUCUGAGAUACUCUUUACACCCUGCGUCGAAAAGGAAAUAAAUGGUGUUGAUGCCAUGAUUACAGAGUAUCCAGGCGACAUAAUUAGUUCAGGAAAUUAUACCAAAGUACCCAUGAUAGUAGGAUAUAACGAUCGUGAAGGAAUAUAUUUCGUAUCUUCAGAUUUCGGUACGACUUUAACGCAAACACCGAAAGACAUUCUCAAGGAAGAUUUGGAAUUUCCCUCUGAGUGGAACAAAAACAAAACUGUUGAAGAAAUGAACGAGUAUUAUUUCGCAUCGGGGAGGAAGGAUUUAAUUAUGGAUAUGGUUAAUUUAUAUUCGGAUCUGCAUUUUAAAUAUCCAGCGGUGAUUGAAUCAGAGCUGUACGCGAAAACGAACGACCGGCCGAUGUAUUAUUAUCUGUUUAAAUACAGUGGGUUUAUAAAUAACGCCAAGUUUAUAUCCCAGUUUGUUUUUACGAAGGGAGCAUCUCACGGAGAUGAGUUGUUCUACAUGUUCAAGCCGCAUACUUUCCCUUUGCCAACCAGAUAUUUUGAGCUCAAAAUGAUUGAGCGGAUGGUCACACUGUGGACAAACUUCGCUAAGUACGGAGACCCUACUCCCUCCACAACCAAACUGCUGCCAGUAAAAUGGAAGCCCAGCAGAUCUUGGAACCCAACAGCUCUGGUUAUCGACCACCACAUCACCACGGCUCCCAUGUGGGACGAAGGUUCUGUCAGAUUCUGGAACAAAACUUAUAACAAAUAUAGAAGAAGGAAUUACGGUUUGUUAACGCCCGUCGUGGAGAUCAGUCAAGGCAAACUGCAAGGUUUGAGGAGCGUGUUCGGACAAAACCGGUAUUAUAACAUACCUUUCGCAGUGGCUGAUAGAUUUCAGAAACCCAAAAGACCACCCAAUUGGAAGGGCAUCUUUAAAGCCAUUUAUCGCAGUCCAUCACUAAAAUGUCCACAAUGGAGAGCUUCUACUUUAGUAGGCGUAGAAGAUUGUCUUCUCCUCGAUGUUUACACACCAGAAUGGACAAAACCUGGUGUAAAACUUCCUGUCAUGAUAUAUUUCCAUGGAGGAGCGUACUACAUGGGUGCCAAGAAUUUAUACGAUCCAGAAUUUUUAGUAGUCAAAAAUGUUAUUGUGGUCACUGCUAAUUAUAGGCUCGGUGUCCUUGGUUUUCUUUGUUUAAACGAUAUAUCCAACCUUGGUCUUUGGGACCAAGUAGCCGCGUUGAAAUGGAUACAAAGUAAUAUAGUUGGGUUUGGUGGUGACGAAGAAAAUGUGACUAUUUGUGGAGAGAGUGCAGGAGCCAGCUCAGCGUCAUUUCACAUGGUUUCGAAAGCAAGUAAAGGUCUAUUUCAUAAAGCAAUUUUAAUGAGUGGCACAGCGCUGUCAGCUUGGGCUUUUAAUGUAGAACCUGUUGGGCCAACCUUCGAAGACGCUAGAAGAAUUGCACCAGUACAAUCUGGUGAAGAUGUUAUAAAACUUUUUACCAAAAUACCGCUUAGAACAUUAAUAAAGGCAACCAAAGAUACAUCAGUAAACCCUAGAUAUUUUAAGUAUUCGCCGUGCGUUGAUGCCAAUUCUUCAGAACCAUUCUUCAUCGAUGCUCCUUACAAUAUAAUUAAAUCUAGGAACUUUAAUCAUGUGCCUGUUAUGAUGGGAUACACUGAGUCCGAAGGAUCAUACUUUUAUGGCUUAUUAAAUGAAGGGUCAGUUAGAAAUUUGAAUGAAAAUUUCGAUGAUAUGAUUCCAUGCCUAUUUACCUGGUGUUCUGACAACGAAAGAAGAGAAAUAGCCAAAUCAUUACGCACCCAUUACUUUGAUUCUGGAAAUAUAACUAUAAAUUCCGUUAACAGUUUAGUAAAGUAUUAUUCGGAUUGGGUUGCAUAUGCUGCUAUAGCUGCAUUUUCAAGGGUAUUAACUAAAUUUUCUAAUCAACCAGUUUAUAAUUAUUUAUUCAGCUAUGAAGGAGACAGAGAAUUUGCUAGAUUUUUCGUAUCACAUCUAAAAGGACCAGUCCAUGGAGGGGAACUAUUUUAUAUAUUCAAACCUUUUGGCAUCUCAAUGAUACUUUCUGCAAGGGAUAGAAGAUUUAUCGACAAAUUAACUACCAUGAUUGCCAAUUUUAUGAAAUAUGGAAAUCCAACACCAAAAAGCACAAAGUAUCUUCCUUUACAAUGGCCACGAGCUACUUCAAACUCUUCUAACAUCAUGGUGCUUGACAAGCAACCAGUUGUGAUAGAUCAACCGUAUGAACGUCACAGAGGAGACUUCUUUUUGAGCCUGCUUUGUAAAUAUGGCCUGGCUGGGUAUGUCCCCUGUGACAGUGCUCAAAUGUGCACGCCUCGGUAGAAUGUUUAACCUAGAUAUUACCUAAGAUAGAAGUGUACUAAUUAAUGUAGAAUAUUUAUUGUUCCGUGAAACUUAGUAAAAAAAAGAGAAAAAACAAACACUUGAAAAUAAAACAUUUCAUAAA